ACCAAAGCUCAGUUAAAAUUCCAAGCAUUACUUGAUGUCUUGCAUGCCAUAGCCUGCCAAAGACAACAAAAAUGAGAUUUUAAUUACAUAAUUUUAUGGUAUAGUUGAAAGAAUUGAGCAUCGAGUUCACACGCUUUCAGAAAUGUCGAGACUUCUUUUGAAACAAGUUAGUGGAGGUUACGAAAUAGAAAAAUAAUGUUACGUCGUUGCUUAUGGUUUCAAAUAUACACACACACUCAUCUCUAAUUAACAUGCAAAUCGGGCUAAAGAGCUCUCGAGAAAUAGGUGUUAUGAAUUCUUUGGCAUCACCGAGCUCUGUGCCGCUUUAUAACGUAAAGACUCUUUAAGAUCCACAAGUUGAGUGGUCGAUAAUCUUUGUUAAUUCUUUGUUACACAUUGUGUGUCGGUAAAUACUUCGAUAUAGGGGCGUCUAUAAACUAUACUUUUAUAUAGGUACAUACAUGGUCAAUUGACCAGACGAAGGUUGAUUUUGCAAUAGUAUUCGUUGCAAUAUUUUCACGAAUUAUGUAAUCUACACGAGCACGUAUCUUACUGCAUUUUUUGCAGGCUUUGAUCAUGAUAAUGACGUCAAGUAUUUUUUCGUCUUGAUAAAUCAUAAAUGUACACGCAUAUAUGCAUUAACUAACGAGUACUUUUUUUGUCAAUUUUUAAUGUCUUAUCGUUCAUGUUACAUACGUAGUGUCUGAGUUGUCAGCCACAAGGAGAGGUUAUGCAUAUUUUAAUCUGUGCUGGGUGCUUUAUUUCAACUUGAUUCUAUAAGAGUUUUUAUCUGCGUUGACCCCACAGCGAGAUAAGCGUAGGUGAUACCUGGAAAUCAAAGUGGGCUGAUUUUAUUCCUUUUUUUCUUAAAAUUUACCUGCAGAAUACUAUAGUUUGAUCUCGUGUUUCACAUCUCUACAGAUGUUGACUCUAAUACCGGCAUUUCUUUGUAGCAUUUAUUCAACUCGAAGCGCGAGUAGAAGCAAUGACAAGAAUGAUCCUAAUUUUUUUUUCAUUUUGAGAACUCAGUGCCAAGAGGCCACCUCCACAGGCUGCAUGAUACUGCUUAGUAAAACCUCCCUUGAAGCAAGAAUGCGAGAGGGUCUUAAGUGUUAAUAGUUACGAACCCUGGAGGAAAGAAUGUGUAGCUAUGGGAAGUAUCUAUGGCAAUAUCUGUUUAAUUACAAGAUCAGAGCGUCGUUAUAUGAUAGCGGUCACUUCACGUUAUGCCCUAUUAACUGCAUUGUAGAGAUCAUGCAACAUUUUGAAAGAAGGCACACAAUGGUAAAAUCUGGGACUAUGUUUUGUGAUCCAUCCGCCUUUGCGAUCUUGAAGAUCUACGCGUUGAAAGAAUAAAGAAUUUUUUGUUUUUUAAACAUAGCAGUGACAUCGUCACAUUUAUUUUUCUAAACUUUUAAAUACUAUCCGAUUCAGGUAAAAUAAGCUGAGGAUGUUGCGUACAUUUAAAGUUUUAGAUGUGGUAAAAGUGAUAAAACCAUCGGAAUAUAAAAGAUUUCACAUUUGAACCUUUGCCAGAAGCUAUAAAUGUUUCAAAUGUUUCGCAAUUUUAACCGUUCCAUAAUGGCAAUAUUGCUUCAAUGUAACCAUGACAUUGAUACACCGCUUGACAUGUUGCAAUUACAGCCUAGUUAUGUUGCAAUCAGACCUAAUUGCAUGUAAUUAUCUUAUAGCACAUUUGAGCUAAGCACGUUGUAUGUAUACCACCGGAUUGCCUUUGAAUUUAACGAUGUAGUAAUUAUUUAGAAAUUGCAUUUUUCUAACUUGAAUUAUUCCAGAAGGUAUCAAUUUGCAGGUUGGAGUUCCACUGGAUAAUUAUAAAGAAUGUCUUAUUUAACAGCUUGUAACAAACCAUGCUUUCAAGAAUCACAGAAUGAAUGCUAACAAUGUUAAUGUUAUAUAUCCCUUCCUAUCCUGUCAAAUUCCCAGUAUGUCUCUUGUUUCCUUUUAAAUCAUCUUACGUGAAGUGACUGAGAGAUGUUCCCGCGGGAAACGCGGGCGGGCUUUUCAAAUAUUUAAAACCCUUGUCUGGACAAACACCGGCCUACACGUUGUUCAAGUUACGAGAGUUGAGGGUGUAAAACUUCAUUAAAAGAACCUUUCUUCUAAGUUUAUUCAACCAAAGAUAUGCCUAAACGUAAAGUCGUAAGUGAAAGCGAUAAAGCACCUAAGAAGAAGCUUAAAAGCGAGUCGACUAGCACAUCAAAGGCGUUUGUUUCAAAGCUGAGUUUCGACGGCCCAGAACAAUGUAUUCGCUCGCUCAUAUAUCCCACUAAAUUGGAAGACUUCUUUGCCAAAUACUGGGAGAAAGAACCGCUUUUUGUCAGCAGAAAAGACAACGAUUAUUUCAAAGGCUUUCCGACGAAAGUAAAGCUGGAAGAAAUUGGAAAGAAAGAGCAUUUGGAAUGGGACAAAGAUUUGUUUCUUUCACAAGUUGACAACGGGGAAGAAAUCCUUGAUGCUGAAGGAGAAGCAACCGUCCAUAAAAUUCAGAAAUAUUUAAAAGAGAAGCUUACUAUUGUAUUCGAUAAACCACACCGCUUUCAAGAAGAACUUUAUCAUCUGUUGCAGUUAUUGGAAGAAUAUUUUGGUUGUCUUUUAUAUUGUUCUCUGGAAGUACAUUCAGAGAAUGCUUAUAAACGCAAACCUUGCUAUAAUGGAAAAGAGGCGUUUAUUCUUCAGAUUGAGGGUAAGAAAAGAUGGUGUUUGUAUGAACCGAUUCAAAAACUUGCUUUUCUUGAUUGUGAAGAUUUGAAACAAGAUGAAAUUGGUGGUGUUACACAUGAAUUUAUACUAGAGCCAGGAGAUUUGUUGUAUUUUCCACGAGGCACUGUUUUUCAAGCGCACUCCUUGAAUGAUGAGGUUUCAGGUCAUAUUGAAAUUCAAUUAUACGAGGAACAUACCUGGGGGCAUUUCAUGUCCAAUAUUUUAGACAAAGCUAUAAACGAAGCCUUGAAAAAAGAUGUCGCCUUUCGUGAAGCAUUACCAACUAACUUUUUAAGUUACAUGGAAUUUGGAAAGAAGGAAAUCAGCAAUGACGAUCUGAUGGAUGACGCAACUAAUCAAGCAAAUGGCGCUCCCAAAGCAACUGUUCCAAAAAUAUCUAAAGCUGAUUUGGAAAACCAGGAAUUGUUUAAAGGAAAUCUUCAAAGACUGACAUCGUUGGUUGGCCAGUAUUUGGAUCCUCACUGGGGUGCUGACGCGUUCUUUGGAAAGGAUUUCAUUACUAAACGUUUAGCUCCAAGUCAAGUAUUAAAAGAAGAGCAGUCUGAUAAAGACGAGACACCGCCAUCGGACAAGAGUGUGGUUCAAAUGAAGCAUCGAAAUUAUAUGAGAAUAACAAAGUAUGAUCCAGGGGAAGAUUGGGAAGACGAGCAUGAGGAAGACGAGAAUGAUGAAAACGAGCAGGAUGAAGAAAGUAUGGAGGAAGAAGAGGAUGAGGAGAAGAUGGGUAAUGGUAAAGACGAGUCUUCAGUUAAGGCCAAGUCAGAUAGCAAAAAAGAAAAGAAAAGAAAGAGUGGUGGAAAAGAUGACAAGGAAAAUGAAGAAGAUUUGGAGAAAAGUUUUCAUAGUAAACCAUGCAUCGUUUUAUAUCAUUGUCUUCAAAACAAGAUUGAAUCAGAUUACGAAGAGAUGGAUUCAAGCGAGAUGGAAACGGAAGGGAGUAAAAUCGAAUUCCCACUUCAUUACCGUGAUGCUUUGCUCAUUCUUUAUCGCUCAACUGCUCCUGUUGCUGUCUGUAACCUACCGCUGACUAGUGAGGAACGUGUGGAUCUUGCAACUACUUUGUGGUGUGAAGGUUUACUUACAAUAGUUGAAAAAUCCUAGAACUGGUCAUUCAUAUACCUGCUCAUUGAAAAAAUCCUGUCCAAAUGUAAAGUUGUGUUUGCAAAACAAAAUUUUCUUACACUAUGCACCAAAAUAUUUAUUCACAGAAAAUAUUAUAUAGUAUACAAAUCUUUAUCAGUAUCAUGAGUUGUAAUGUUUCAUGUUAUUAUU